CUCGUUUGCAACAGCCAAGCGUUCGAGCAGCAAGCACAAUCGCUUAGCAUUUAGCAAGCUGCCAAUCAUCCAGCGUCCGCGUCUCCAGUGAUCGGUCUUGCACGAUGAUGGUCUCUUCCUUCCGCUUCUCGCCGCUCGUGCUGCUGCUAGCGGCGCACUGCGGGCUCCUGAUGCUCGCCUCGGCUCACGGCUACCCUCCUAGUGGCGCCGGCUCGGCGCUGAGCUCCACGUUCUACGACGCGUCGUGCCCAAGCGCCCACGACGUCGUACGCCGCGUCAUCCAGGACGCCCGGGUCUCCGACCCGCGCAUCCCGGCCAGCCUCAUCCGCCUCCACUUCCACGACUGCUUCGUCAACGGCUGCGAUGGCUCGCUGCUGCUGGACGACGACCUACCGGCGAUCCAGACCGAGAAGGCCGUGCCCGCCAACGACAACUCGGCGCGCGGCUUCCCGGUGGUCGACGACAUCAAGGCCGCGCUGGAGCACGCGUGCCCGGGCGUCGUCUCCUGCGCUGACAUCCUCGCCCUGGCAGCAGAAAUCUCCGUUGAACUCGCUGGAGGACCACGCUGGAGGGUGCUGCUCGGCCGGCGGGACGGCACGACGACCAACAUCGAGAGCGCCAACAACCUCCCGAGCCCUUUCGACUCCCUGGACGUUCUCCAGGAGAAGUUCAGAAACGUCAACCUCGACGACACUGACCUCGUCGCCCUCCAAGGAGCGCACACUUUCGGCAAGGUGCAGUGCCAGUUCACGCGGGAGAACUGCACGGCCGGGCAACCUGAGGGCACGCUGGAGAACCUGGACGAUGUCACGCCCAACCUGUUCGACAACAAGUACUACAGCAACCUCUUGCACGGCCGCGCCCAGCUCUCCUCCGACCAGGUCAUGCUGUCUGACCCUGCUGCGCCGACGACGACUGCCCCCAUUGUUCAUCGGUUCGCGAGCAACCAAAAGGACUUCUUCAGGAACUUCGCGGCGUCCAUGAUUAAGAUGGGAAACAUCAGCCCGCUGACAGGGAAGGAUGGGGAGAUUAGGAAGAACUGCCGGAGGGUCAAUAGCAAAGGCUAUUGAAGACUCUGAUCCAGACUGAUGUUUUUAUCCAAUUAUAAUGCCUGUGGAAAUCAUUCUUUCGAUUUAUUUUCUCAUUCCUUUUCGUAAAAUAUGAGCUGAUCAGCUUGUGCCAUUUCGUGAAACACAAGUGUAAAAAUGUUUCUACUCGACUCAUAUACGCAGUCCAAGAUCUAUUCUUUGCAUUUCUUUUAGCAAAUAUCAUAUGAAAUUGAAAUAUAUCAAUCCAACAUAUUCAGAAGGAGUAAA